AGCAGCACAGGGAGAGAGAGAGCUGCUCCCAGCCAGUCUCCACACACACACAUACAUACACACACACACACCUACACACACACGCACACACACAUACACACACGCACACACACACACACACAAAUUGCCGUGGUGGUUAGUCCGCCGCUGCCACCACCGUCGGCGCCGCAUGUGUCGGUGUGCUCACAGGUGGAUUGCAAGACCGUGGGCGACUGUACUGUAACCUUGAUGUCAUUGAUGGGGAGGACCACCAUGUAGAGGAGGCGAGCACCCAAUGGCAGCAAUGGGAAGCCACGCAUGGAGCGGGUCUGGACUGCAGCCGUGGUGAGCCUGAGCUCCGCAUCCUCCCCUCGGAAAGGACCGGCGUGACCUUCUCAGGACUCGAACCACCGGGGCCGUCGGACGCUCACCUGGAAUCACCCCCCCCCUCCCUGCAGACCCCCUGUUUUUUGUAUUUUUGUUUCCUUUUUCUUCGUCGACAACUCUGAGAGAGAUCCCGUCCUCAUAGCAAUAAGAAACUGAAGUGACGGGGGGAGGCAAGGCAUCAUGGGGGACAUGUCCAACAGCGACUUCUACGCCAAGAACCAAAGAAACGAUGGCAACCACGCGGUGGGCUUCGGCUGCUCGCUCAUGGAGCUGCGCUCGCUCAUGGAGCUGCGCGGCACCGAGGCAGUGGUCAAGCUCCAGGAGGACUACGGGGGCGUGGAGGGACUGUGCGCACGACUGAAAACCUCACCCACGGAAGGCCUGGAAGGAGUCCAAGGCGACCUGGACAAGAGGAAAGAAAUAUUUGGAAAAAACUUGAUACCUCCAAAGAAGCCAAAAACCUUCCUGCAGCUGGUAUGGGAGGCCCUCCAGGACGUCACGCUCAUCAUCCUGGAGGUGGCAGCCCUCAUUUCCCUGGGCCUCUCCUUCUACCACCCGCCUGGAGAGAGCAACGGAGAGUCUUGCGGCGACGCGGCGGGAGGCGUGGAGGACGAGGGCGAGGCGGAGGCGGGCUGGAUCGAGGGCGCCGCCAUCCUCCUGUCGGUGGUGUGCGUGGUGCUGGUGACCGCCUUCAACGACUGGUCCAAGGAGAAGCAGUUCCGCGGGCUGCAGAAUCGCAUCGAACAGGAGCAAAAGUUCCAGGUGGUGCGGGGCAGCCAAGUCAUCCAGCUGCCCGUGGCGGACAUACUGGUGGGGGACAUCGCACAAAUCAAAUAUGGUGAUCUGCUUCCUUCCGACGGAAUCUUGAUCCAGGGCAACGACCUGAAGAUUGACGAGUCGUCGCUGACCGGAGAGUCUGAUCACGUGAAGAAGUCUGCUGACAAGGACCCCAUGUUGUUGUCCGGGACCCACGUAAUGGAGGGGUCGGGGCGCAUGGUGGUGACCGCGGUGGGCGUCAACUCCCAGACUGGAAUUAUCUUCACCCUGCUGGGGGCCGGCAUGGAGGAGGAGGAGAAGAAAGAAAAGAAAGGAGGUGCACUGGAGGACGGACACCAGAACACAGACUGCUCGCAUCCCCCCAUCCACCCCAUCGCCACUAUUGCCACGGAUGGGGCGGCAGGCUUUAACGCCCCCGGAAGUGCCAACCUCAUUAAUGGUAAAAUGCAAGAUGGCAAUAUGGAGAGCAACCAGAUUAAAGUGAAGAAGCAAGAUGGCGCUGCCGCCAUGGAGAUGCAACCCCUGAAGAGCGCCGAGGGAGGCGAGGAGGAGAAGGAGCGGAAGAAGGUGUCCAUCCCCAAGAAGGAGAAGUCUGUGCUGCAAGGGAAGCUUACUAAGCUGGCCGUUCAAAUCGGCAAAGCAGGGCUGCUCAUGUCGGCCAUCACAGUCAUCAUCCUGGUCCUGUACUUCACCAUCGACGCCUUCGUCAUCCAGAAGCGUCCCUGGCUGCCCGAGUGCACUCCCAUCUACAUCCAGUACUUUGUCAAAUUCUUCAUCAUCGGCGUCACCGUGCUGGUGGUGGCCGUGCCCGAGGGUUUGCCGCUGGCCGUCACCAUCUCCCUGGCCUACUCCGUCAAGAAAAUGAUGAAAGACAAUAAUCUGGUGCGCCACCUGGACGCGUGCGAAACAAUGGGCAACGCCACCGCCAUCUGCUCGGACAAGACUGGCACGCUUACCACCAACCGCAUGACGGCGGUGCAGUGUUACAUUGCAGACGUGCACUACAAGGAGAUCCCCGAGCCGGGGGUCCUGCCUCCCAAAUCUUUGGACCUGCUUGUCAACUCCAUCUCCAUCAACAGCGCUUACACCACCAAGAUACUGCCUCCAGAUAAGGAAGGCGGUCUGCCCAAACAAGUGGGCAACAAGACGGAGUGCGGCCUGCUGGGAUUGGUGCUGGACCUAAAGCGAGAUUACCAGCCCAUACGGAACCAGAUCCCGGAGGAGAAGCUCUACAAAGUGUACACCUUCAACUCCGUCAGGAAGUCCAUGAGCACCGUCAUCAAACUGCCCGACGGAAGCUUCCGCAUGUACAGCAAGGGAGCGUCGGAGAUCGUCCUCAAAAAAUGUAACCACGUCCUGAACGAGGUGGGUGAGCCCAGGGUUUUCCGUCCCCGGGACAAGGACGAGAUGGUGAAGAAGGUGAUCGAGCCCAUGGCCUGUGAGGGUUUGAGGACCAUCUGCGUGGCGUACCGGGACUUCUCAGGCAACCCGGAGCCCAACUGGGACGACGAAAACAACAUCCUCAGCGACCUCACGGCCAUUUGCGUCGUCGGGAUCGAAGACCCCGUCCGGCCAGAGGUGCCAGAUGCCAUUCAGAAGUGCCAGCGUGCGGGCAUCACGGUGCGUAUGGUGACCGGGGACAACAUCAACACGGCGAGGGCCAUCGCCAUCAAGUGCGGCAUCAUCCAUCCCGGAGAGGACUUCCUCUGCAUCGACGGGAAAGAAUUCAACCGGAGGAUCCGCAACGAGAAAGGAGAGGUGGAACAGGAGCGGAUCGACAAAGUUUGGCCAAAACUUCGCGUCCUCGCCAGAUCUUCCCCCACAGACAAGCACACGCUGGUCAAAGGCAUUAUUGACAGCACGAUAGUAGAGCAAAGGCAGGUAGUGGCCGUGACAGGGGAUGGCACCAAUGACGGUCCAGCCCUGAAGAAAGCUGAUGUGGGCUUCGCCAUGGGUAUCGCGGGUACCGACGUGGCCAAGGAGGCGUCGGACAUCAUCCUCACCGACGACAACUUCAGCAGCAUCGUCAAGGCGGUGAUGUGGGGCCGCAACGUCUACGACAGCAUCUCCAAGUUCCUGCAGUUCCAGCUCACCGUCAACGUCGUCGCCGUCAUCGUGGCGUUCACGGGCGCCUGCAUCACACAGGAUUCCCCCCUGAAGGCGGUGCAGAUGUUGUGGGUCAACCUGAUCAUGGACACCUUCGCCUCCCUGGCGCUGGCCACCGAGCCGCCCACAGAGUCUCUGCUCAGGAGGAAGCCGUACGGACGCAACAAGCCCCUCAUCUCCAGCACCAUGACUAAGAACAUUCUGGGCCAUGGAGUCUAUCAGCUCAUCAUCAUCUUUCUUCUUCUCUUCGUCGGUGAGCAGAUAUUCGACAUCGACAGCGGCCGCAACGCGCCUCUCCAUGCUCCUCCGUCGGAGCACUACACCAUCAUCUUCAACACCUUCGUCAUGAUGCAGCUCUUUAAUGAGAUCAACGCCCGCAAGAUACACGGCGAGCGCAACGUCUUUGAGGGCAUCUUUAGGAACCCCAUCUUCUGCUCCAUUGUUUUUGGCACCUUCGCUGUACAGAUAGUGAUUAUUCAGUUCGGAGGGAAACCAUUUAGCUGCCAACCUCUGGACGUGGAGAAGUGGAUGUGGUGUGUUUUCCUCGGCUUGGGGGAGCUGGUCUGGGGGCAGGUGAUCGCGACAAUACCGAACAGCAAGCUGCGCUUCCUGCGGAGAGCGGGUCAGCUCAGUCAAAAGGACGAGCUACCCGAGGAGGACCUCAAUGAAGACAACGAGGAGAUCGACCACGCCGAACGGGAGCUGAGGAGAGGGCAGAUCCUCUGGUUCCGAGGACUCAAUCGAAUUCAGACUCAGAUCGAAGUAGUCAACACCUUCAAGAGCGGCACCUCCUUUCAGGGGGCGGGGGCUCUGAGACGCCAGUCGUCCACCACCAGCCAGAACCAGGAUAUCCGCGUGGUGAACGCAUUCCGCAGCUCCCUCUACGAAGGCCUGGAGAAGCCCGACUCCAGGACCUCCAUCCACAACUUCAUGACCCAGCCUGAGUUCAGGAUAGAGGACUCCACGCCCAGCAUCCCGCUCAUCGCCGACACGGACGACGACUCGGCUCGCCGGAGGAGGAAGUUCUCCAGCCAGCCGUCGUCGCCCAACAAGAACAACAACGCCAUCGACAGCGGCAUCAACCUGACCAUCGACACCAGUAGAUCGGCGGCGUCCUCCGGCCCCGCCAGUCCUUUGCACAGCUUGGAGACCAGCCUCUAACCUCCUCAUUUGACCUUUGAACUGGAAACACCGCCCAACCCCCCGCCCCGCAUCUCCCACCUUGACCCCCCUCUCACUCUCCCUCUCUCUCUCUCUCUCUCUCUUUCUCUAUCUCUCCGUCCCGGAAGUAAGAUACAAUCAAGAGAAGAUGAGAACGGAGGAGGUGAUGACGAGGAGGAGGAGGAGGAGGAAGGACACGUGCUCCUCGCUCCUCGUCCACAUCGAUAACAUUGUUAUUAUAUUCCCAUUCUUCUUCUUCUUCUUCUAUUCUUCUUCUUGCUCCUGCAUGAAUGUACCGCCCGCUAUUUAAAAAAGUUUGUUUUCCAUUUGGAUUCUUUUGUAGUGGCGAGCAGCAGGCUCAAGACUUUAAGCUCUUCUUCUUCUUCUUCUUCUUAUUCUUCUUAUUCUUCUCUUCCUCCUUCUUUUUAUUUUUAUUUUUAUUUUAUUUCUCAUCCUCCUGCUUCUUCUACUUCUUCUUCUCCUUCUUCCUCUUCUUCUUCCUCUUACUUCUCAUCCUCCUCUUCCUCCUUCUUCUUUUUCUUUUACUUCUCAUCCUCCUGCUUGUUCUACUUCUUCUUCUUCUCCUUUUU